CUUUGAUCUGCCCCUUUACACGCGCCUACAAAGACCUGUGACUGUUAAGUGUCAAACGUCAUGGCCUCUGAAGACCCGAGUGUUAGGAGCAGCUCUGGCUCACGAUCCUCGGCCGUUCGAUCUUCGACAAGGCAGUCGUCGCAGCCGCAGCAGCUGUCGACCAUCGAGAAGAGCGUCACACACCUGCUCGUCGCUACCAAGCAACUCCUCGAAACCUUGACGCAAUGGUCCCGGAACGCCGCCAGCGAGAGCGAGGUCUCGGACGUCUAUGUCCGCCUGGGCUACGAGUUCAACAUUGCCUGUCGCGCCUUCAAUAGUAUCGGGGUCGACACCCAAGACCUUGGCCCUGUGCCCGACCUGCUUCGCGCCAUCCUCGAGGAAACACUUAGCCAGGAAGCCAGCCAGCAGAGUCUCGACCGCUUCCUCCCCCGUAUCCGCGACAUCAUCAUAAACCUCCUGCAUGGCCUUAAGAAGAAGCAGCAGCGCUUGCGCCAGCGUACGAGCAGCGGCAGUCAGGGCUCUAGACAGGCCAGCGCUGCUGAGUCGGCUGCCGAUGACCUCCUCGCGCGACAAUCUGCCAGUCGGACACAGUCGCAAAGAGUAGCCAACGAACUCCCCGCCCAUGACCUUCCUCCACGCUCUGCCUCAAUGCAAGGCGGAAGGUCGUCACCGAGAAAAGAGAGCUUCAGUCCUGCUGCCUCAACACAACAUGCCCGUGAGCCGAGUCGCGAUACAACCAAUUCGGACGCUUCUUCCAUGUCAAGCAACGCCAUGCAGAACAUCCCCGUCAUUGCGCCGUAUCCACAGGAAGACACCAUGCCCGCUCAGCCGCCAGCUCAAUACGGAAAUGAACCGGCACCUGUGGCCUACCAGCAAGACUCUCCUAAACCUCCCUACACCGAACACAAUCUGCCUCCUCCGCCUCCACCACCGAAACAACAGGAUGCCCUGGCCGCCUUGCAACGAGGUGGAGAGCUCGAGAGAAGGGCCUCGAGACGUUUCUCUGCUUAUCAGAUCUCAAAGCAUCUGGGCUCCAGUAAUGGCGUGCCUAUGAUACCCGUCGCGCAAAACAGUCCCAUCCCCAACCGAGGCCAGGACACGCGUGAGUCCAUGAAGGCUGUUCGUACGCGCAGCUAUCUUCACAACAGGCAAAAAUCGGCUCAGAGGAAUCAGCAAGACUCGCCGAGAAGGGAACGGCCUGAAGAGACAAAAUUCACCGAGAGCAUAAACACAAAUAUGGAUGAGACGCCGUCUACGGUGGGCCUAGAGAGUGCUAGUCCCAUGCCCAAGACACCCGAGGACAAACUGGGAGCCUACCCAUUCCCUACUCAGCAGUCUCCUGAAGAGGCUGAUAUGGGUGCCACUGUCAAUGGGCCAGUUCCAGAGACAAUUAUUGAACCAAAUCCUGAGCCAACGGGUGGGGAGUUGCAGCGCCGCAAGUCUAGAAUACAACGGCAAACUACCCCCCCUCCACAAGCAGAGAAGGCUGCUCCUCAGCAAUUCGUGCCCGAGUCUUCACCACAGCCUGGCAAGGAAUUGACUCUUUUCCUACAAUACAAGAGCAAGAUCAAGAAAUUUGUUUUGCCAGAUGGGGGUGACUUGUCUAUUGCCAGACUUCAAUUAGCUUUCAUCGAGAAAUUCGCCUGGAACACGCACAACAAUGGCAACGACCUUCCAGAGAUCUACCUACAGGAUCCUGUUUCAGGCGUGCGCCAUGAGCUCGAGGAUUUGGCCGACAUCAAGGAUCGUUCCGUGCUCGUACUGAACGUGGAACAGCUGGACGAGGUUAAGAAGCACUUCGACGAUAGCAUUGGAGGCAUUAAGACAAUGAUCGAAGGAUUGAAAGCCGCCGUUGAUGACCAACAGUCUGCAAUUCACAGAGUAUCUGAGCGACAGCAGGAGGCUGCGAAGGAGAUGGCAACUCUUGCAACGGCACCUCCGCCACAAACAACUAGCGCAACACCUCAACCCCUUCAGACUGCAUCGUCCAAGGGCACACCCGCUCAACUCACUGAAGUACAAUCUCUUCGUCGCGAACUCGCUGUCGUCCGCCAAACCUAUACUUCAUUUGUCGACGACAUCAAUUCUUCCAUGUCUACAAUUCGAACAAAGGCUGCUACGGUCAAAUCCGCUGCCGACAAGGCGCGUGUCCCCUCGAUGUCUGCGGGCUCUGGUCGUACAUAUGUAAACGGCGGUAAGAAGAACCUGUCAGAUGACAGUGAAAAGCUUGUCACCCAGGUCGAUGACUUGCAAGACACUGUAGAAGACCUUCGCAAAGAUGUCGUCCAACGUGGAGUACGACCUUUACCUCGCCAAUUGGAUGUUGUCAGCAAGGAUAUCUCCACAGCAACAUCCGGACUCAAGAAACUGCAAGAAUUCCUCAAGCGCGAGAAGCCAAUCUGGACCAAAAUCUGGGAGAAAGAAUUGCAAGUUGUCUGCGAAGACAGAGAUCUCCUUACCAUGCAAGAAGAACUCUGCAUCGAUCUCGAAGACGAUCUGGAAAAAGCUGCCGAGACCUUCGCACUUGUCGAACAAGCCACUCGCCAACAAAAUCUACAAAACGCACCUCGCUCCUCCUCCCGCACUCUUAACCCUGUAGCCCUCGAUCGCGGCGGCGACCCCCAGAAGGCACGCACAGGCGUCCUCGGUGAGGUCCGCGCUCUCCAACCAAACCACGAGUCGCGUCUCGAAGCCAUCGAGCGCGCCGAAAAGGCACGCCAACGCGAACUCGAAGAACGACGAGACGGCGAAUUCCAAAAAGAGCUUAGCAGUUUUGUGGAAGAAGGGAAACUGAAAAAGAGCGGUGGCGUUGAAGAGGCGGAGAGGUUACGCAAGCUCAAGGAUGAGAGGAGUAGAAAGGAGAAUUACGAACUUUUGCAGCAGAGGGAAAGGGAUAGAGCGGCGAAGAGGGCUGCUGACGCCGCUGCCAAGGCUGCGGCGGCGGAGAGUGCGGCUGUUGAGCCGGACGCUGCUUCUGAAGCUGCCGAGACUACUACUGAGCCUGCUGCUGAACCGACUGAUGCUGCAGUUGAGGAGACAGCGGUGAAAAGUAUCGAGGAAACACCAGCACCUGUUGAAAACGGCGAUGUAGACCCAACGCCCGAAGUCACCGCCACUGAAAACACAAAACCAGAGGCCCAAGCAUCUCUCGAACCACCGAUCGCAGACGGUGCAGUCGAUUUCGACGAACCUAGUCCUGCUGUCGAGUUCGUAGAUGCACGAGAAAUCCCACCUACGCCUGCCGCAGAAUAGAGAUCAUGGCUUGCGUUUUGAUAGAGGCUUCUUUUGUGACGCUGUGUU